AUGGGCCAGGGCCAGUCGGCUGUGUCCCAGGAGUCGCGAUCGCACGAGCAGCUCGUCAGGGAGCUGGCCAAUCGCUUCGCUGAGAAAUGCUUUUCGCCCCUCGAACUGUACUCCCUCAAGGACAACUUCAGGAGCCUCGCAGACCGCCAGCAGGACGUGCGCUACCUGAGGGAGGACACCAUGGCGCGCUUCCUGGAGAUACCAGACAUCCUGCACGCGUCGCCAGUCGUCUUCCACAUGGUCUCGUGUCUGGGCGCGUUUCCUUUUCUAGCUGAUGCACCUGUUGUCCUGGGACUCGAGCAGCUGGUCAUUGUCGUCACUCUCCUGACCGACCGCUAUCGGCGCGUCCUGGUACACGGUGCUAGCGACCGGCGCAGUCUGUUGUUCCGCAGCCUCGCCGUGCACGACCGCGUGCUCUUUUCCGAUCCAGACAAGGCUGACAAGGCUGGCAAGAUGGAAGCUGGCCGGCAGCAGGAGACGUCUGUUCCAGGAGGGUCGAGUCGGGGCUUUGCCAUCGAUGCGGCCGUUGAAGACGAAGACUAUAGCGAUGGCGAUGGUGAUGUCAAUGUCGAUGGUCAUGGAGACGGACACGACGACGAGGACGACUACGAGGACGACGAUGACCUCGUCCUAGCAGCCCUCAGCACGCUCGACUAUACCAACCCUCGACCAACGGCCAAACCGGCACACGUGUCUAGGCCGAAGAGCAAGAACAGUGCGCUCCAUGACGCGCGCAUCCCCGCAGACAACUUCAGAAAGCUGGUGCUGCUGCUCCUUCUCGUGGCACCUCUGGCACCCCAGGAGCAGCUUUCCAGGCACGUUGACCGCGUCUCGGGAAAUGCACUCGAGAGUCUGCGAGCAACAGCCGAGUGUGUGCUGGCGACAUUUCUCAACGUCGAGACGUCGCCUGGCAUCCGGUUUCCACACUUUGACGCCAUCGUUCCUGUGUGCUUCCCGUACCUGUUCAACGGUUUCAACGCGCUCUUUGAGCACUUUCUCUUCUCCAAGAACCUCGACUUUUCCAAGCCGGGUGUGAACACAGCUGUGUCUGCACAGCCAGCACCGCCACCACCGGCGCCACCGCUUCUGCUGCGAGAGUCGGAUGACAUGAUCCUGGAUCUCAGCGUGCUGUCGCAGCUGUCGUUUUUCCUCCCGGGCGCAUCGCUCUUCCACCGGCUGCGGUUGCUGUACUCGGGCGAUAACGAUGGAUUCUCAAUGGGGUCGUUUGAGUCCAAGGUGUUCAACUGGCGCGCCCCGACGAUCUUGCUGGUCCGGGGCACACGGGUGGGUAGCGUGCCGCGUGGCAACCAGGAGGCAGCGUUUGCAGCUGCGCUGCCGCCGCGACGGCUGCCGGCCGGAAGCGCAAGAGGCGGAACGGCAGAUGGCGAGGCGGAUGAUGACACGGUGGUGUUUGGGGCGUACAUCAGCCAGCCGUGGCGGCUGACGAACCGUGAUUGCUUUGGCGACAGCGACUGCAUGCUGUUCCAACUGGCGCCAGUGCACGACGUCUUCGCAGCAUCGACGCUGAACCACGACUACGCGACAUUUGUGAAGCCAACGGCAGCGAACCAGCAUGCCGGCGGGAUUGCGUUUGGCUGUCCGGCACCGUCGGGAGCAGCGGCCAAGGCGAUGCAGAAGCAAAAGGUGUCGUCACAGCAGCAGCAUCAGCUGAUGGCACAAGGACCACUCUCGCUGCUGAUCGACGCUGGCUUCGAGUUCGGCGUGAUGACGCAUGCGGGCGGCGGUGGCGCCUUUCACGCCAGCGUGGCGCGGCUGUUUGACUUCCAGGAGAGGUUUGCCAUCGACGCGCUCGAGGUGUGGGGCUGCGGUGGCGACGGCGAGGCCAAGGCGCAGGCAGAGCGCUGGGCGUGGGAAGCCCGCGAGGCCGAGGCGCGUCGGCGCAUCAACCUGGGGACCGGCGACAUGGAGGCCGACCGACAGCUGCUGGAGAUGGCCGGACUCAUCGGCCAGAACCGGAGCGGCGGAAGCAUGGCGUGA